UUUUUUAUGAAAUAAAACAAAUGUGAACAAAUAAACAUUUCUAUUCAAAUAAUCAUAUAAAUAAGUAUAUGAUUUUCAUUUCUUUAUUCAUUAGUUAACUGUUCUCAUUUUUUCUAUUCCAAAUUAAUUGAUUAUUCAACCUAGCCAUAUCUAUUUGGAUUCAGUAUUUUUAUGCUUCUAUGUAUUCUUGUCACUUUUGGACAUGGAUUUUGUCUAUUGUUUGAUAAACUACUGAAAUAUAAAAUUUCACAAUUAAAAUUUAUUGGAAGUGUACAAAAUUGUGAUGAGAGAAAGGAGAAUAGUAAUAACCAUGAUUUAAAUAAUGAAUCAAGAAAUCAGGUGUCUAGUUCCUCUUUAAAUCGAAUGAUGAAUCAAAAUCUCUCUGUGAGAAAUAUGUCAAAACUAGAUCAACAUAUAAGUUCCUCAAAUGUGAAAACUCGUGUUCAUUUUAAUGAAAUAAAACCAAAAUACAAAUGCGUAAUAGGUGAUCACGUCAAAAUGCCACUAAAUGAGGCUGAUCAAAAUCAUCAUGAUAUUAUUAAUUUAACUCGAAUAAACAAGGAUCAGUGUUUAUUGAUUCACAAUGAAGUUAAAUCGAAAAAACAUUUACAUCUCCAACCGAUGCCAACGUUAUUCAUUAAAAAACCAAAUUAUUCAAAUGAAUUGGACGAAAUACCUGAAAAUGACAACCUUUAUUUAAAUGAUAAUUCCUACUUAUCAAAUGAGACUAAAGCUUCAAUAAAAUCCUCGUCAUUUAGACAAAAAGUUAAUGUUAAUGAUGAUAAUUGUGGAGGAUAUGAUAAUGAUGAUGAUGAUGAUGAUGUUAAUGGUGACGAUAAUGAUAAUAAUGAAGAUAAAUUACUAUCACCUUCCGCAAACAAUCCAUCUUUAUCACAAACAAGUUCAAAAUAUCAACAGAAUACGGAACAUACUAACGCUUUAUCAACAUUUGCCAUGACAUCUUAUUUAAACACACAUCAUAAUCAAAAAAUAUGUACUAAACAUAUGCUUCGAGCUCACAAAAGAAAUUCAUCUUUUUUUAAACGAUUAUUUAAAUGUGGUUAGAUUAUGAGACAUCCAACAAGACAAUGUGACACAAAUAAAUCUAUAGUGAAACCAAGUAUACAUUUACCUUUAAUUUGUAGAUAUAAUUCAUCUUAUUUGUCAAUUUGUUCAUCAGCUACAACAAAUUCCAGCAGUCAUAAGUCCGAAACUAUUUCACAACUAUCAGAAAAUAAAAAAAAUUAUUCUGAUUGAAAAUCAUGUCGACAAUCAGUCAGCUUAUAUUGCUUCGCAUUUAUGGCGUAGUAAUAAUACUGAUAGCGCUAGUGAGGUUUGCAUGGAAUAUGUCAACUUUUUCAAUCAUUCUCUGAUAUACUACUUGUAAUAUAAAAUCUCUUCAUUUCUAUAUCAAGAAUAUGUUAAAUAAAUUUGAUUUGAUCUCGUUUUAAAAAAAUAAUUAUAUAGUUAUAUUGAUAUUACGUUUAUUGAAAAUUUCAUCUAUGCUGGGUUUGUGACGAAAUUUUGAUUUUCUUGGUUUCAUUUAUUUUUAAAACUUAGAUUCAAU